UUGCAGGAAAGUUUGGGAAUUUCGGGAACACUGGAAGAAAGAGGAAGUCGUGCGCUUUAGAAGUUUCGAUUACGGAUGUAUGCGGAUCCAAGUCUCCAGUCAGGAGGGAACGGGAGACAUGUGUGAACGGAAAACCGUCUGCGAGUGAACUUUACUUGCACUUCAGCAAGGAUUAUUAGUAUUUCUGCCUUUUCACUUCCAUUGGAACAGAUCGAAAUGCAGUUUUUCCAAAUGUUUGUAAUGCACUCUGCGAUUUGUUGAUUUACUACUCUAUGCACUUGUCUGCAAAAAGUUGAGUAAAGUUGUAUGAAACUGUCCAUGGGGUCCUGCCGCAUCUGACAGGGUUAUGAGGAAGUGGUCACUUACUGUUUUUAUUGGAUUGGAGGACUAUAGAUAUUGAGCGUUCACAUGUCAGCCUGACUCGGUCACUGAUCGCCGGUGAUUGUUGAUCUCAAGAAAUCAAAGUGACGCGACUGAAAGUGAAAGCGAUCAGUCAUUCAAUGGUUUACAGCAGUCGCAGUUAAGAGACUUUGAAUCUUUGAGUCUUGAUCAUGCCAGUGAGAAAGAAAGAUGCUCAGAGGGCACUGCUGCUUCUGGAAGAAUACCGAACUAAACUCAAUCAGACCGGAGAUCCUCAUCUCAGACAUUCAAUUGAGAGAGUCAUCAAUAUUUUUCAGAGUCAACUCUUCCAGGCUCUUAUAGAUAUUCAGGAAUUUUAUGAAGAGAGCCUCCAGGAUAAUGAGAAUAAGCCCACAGAGCCGUCAAGCCUUAAAACCAGAGGACCCUUUCCUCCUGUUAAUGAAUGGAAUCUCACUGGCCCUCACAGUACCACUGGACAAACAGAAACUGUGCCCAGCAUCAAUGCCCAAAGCAAAGAGAAAUAUAGAUAUCAGGAUGAGGAUACCACGUCGCCUCCAGAACACAGCUCUCCACACCUACCAGGGGAUGUGCGUCCUCCUGAGCUGGUGCAGGUGUCGGAGAAAAACAUCUCCCAGAUCGAGAAUGUACACGGCUAUGUUUCCCAUUCACACAUCUCUCCUAUGAAGGUAGAGUCUCUGGAGUGCGUUUUUGACGGGCCGUCUACAUUAGGAGGUGAGGAGGUCCCAGCCCCUGCAUUUGCCACACUAUACUCGCAAAGUGACACACUGAUGCAGCAGGCAGAUGUCAUUCCUCCCUCCGCUCCCAUAAUCCCUGUGAUCCCUAUCUCACCCGUCCCAGCCGAGACCACUGCCAUUCCUGCACCCACGUCACAGGCAAGCCCCGCUCCGGUGGUGGUGAACACAGAAAGCCUUGACACCUCGCCCUAUGUAAGUCCAUAUGUGAAUGGAACAGAAGCUGAUUAUGAAUAUGAAGAAAUUACACUUGAACGGGGGAACUCAGGCCUGGGUUUUAGUAUUGCAGGCGGUACCGAUAACCCUCACAUCGGCGAGGACCCAAGCAUCUUUAUCACAAAGAUCAUCCCAGGAGGAGCUGCCGCACAGGACGGCAGACUCGGCGUUAAUGACUGUAUACUGCGGGUAAAUGAUGUAGAUGUGAGAGACGUAACUCACAGCAAUGCUGUGGAGGCACUGAAGGAGGCAGGCUGCAUUGUCAGACUGUACGUCAGAAGAAGAAAAGCUGUCACAGAAAAAAUAAUGGAUGUAAAGCUGGUAAAAGGUCCUAAAGGUCUAGGUUUCAGUAUAGCCGGAGGAGUUGGAAACCAACAUAUUCCUGGGGACAACAGUAUUUAUAUCACCAAAAUCAUUGAGGGAGGAGCAGCCCACAAAGAUGGACGACUUCAGACUGGAGAUAAACUUAUGGCUGUGAAUGCUGCUUGCCUUGAAGAGGUCACUCAUGAAGAUGCCGUGACUGCCUUGAAAAACACCCCUGAUGUCGUCUAUUUAAAAGUGGCGAAACCCACUAGUGUCUUUAUGAAUGACAGUUACGUUCCUCCCGAUGUCACCAGCUCCUAUCCCCAGCACAUGGAGAACCAUAUCAGCACCCAAAGCUAUCUGAGUCAGCCAAUAACCCCCGCCACCCCAUCUCGGUACUCCCCCAUCUCAAAAGGCAUGCUGGGAGAUGAUGAGAUCACAAGGGAGCCUAGGAAGAUAGUCCUACAUCGGGGCACCACGGGACUAGGCUUCAACAUUGUAGGAGGAGAGGAUGGAGAGGGUAUCUUCAUCUCAUUCAUAUUAGCAGGAGGGCCUGCAGACCUGUGUGGAGAAUUGAGAAAAGGAGACCGUAUCAUUUCUGUAAACGGGGUGGACCUCCGCAGUGCAACGCAUGAACAGGCAGCUGCAGCACUGAAGAAUGCUGGACAGACUGUCACCAUCGUGGCUCAGUACAGACCUGAAGAGUACAGUCGAUUUGAAGCCAAAAUCCAUGAUCUACGGGAGCAGAUGAUGAACAGCAGUAUUAGUUCAGGCUCCGGCUCAUUGCGGACUAGUCAGAAGAGGACUCUGUAUGUCAGAGCCCUGUUUGAUUAUGACAUAACGAAAGACUCCGGCCUGCCCAGUCAGGGGCUGAACUUCCACUUUGGUGACAUCCUACAUGUCCUGAAUGCCUCGGACGAGGAGUGGUGGCAAGCGCGGCAUGUGACUCCAGAUGGCGAGAUGGAGGAGAUGGGCGUCAUUCCCAGCAAGAAGAGGGUGGAGAGAAAAGAAAGAGCCAGGUUAAAGACGGUUAAAUUCAACUCCAAAUCUCGAGACAAAGGGCAUUCACUCAAUGACAAGCGUAAAAAGAACCUCUUUUCUCGAAAAUUCCCUUUCUACAAGAACAAGGAUCCCAACGAACAGGAAACGAGUGAUGUGGACCAGCAUGUAACUUCUAAUGCCAGCGAUAGUGAAAGUAGUUACCGUGGACAGGAAGAAUAUGUCCUCUCAUAUGAGACAGUCACGCAACAGGAAGUGAGUUAUGCUCGUCCGGUGAUAAUCCUUGGACCCAUGAAAGACCGGAUCAAUGACGAUCUAAUCUCGGAGUUCCCGGACAAGUUUGGAUCAUGUGUUCCCCACACGACUAGACCUAAGCGAGACUAUGAGGUUGAUGGUCGGGACUACCAUUUUGUUAAUUCACGGGAACAAAUGGAAAAAGACAUUCAAGAUCACAAGUUCAUUGAGGCCGGCCAAUAUAACAACCACCUGUAUGGGACGAGCGUGCAGUCGGUGCGAGAGGUUGCAGAAAAGGGCAAGCACUGCAUCCUGGAUGUCUCAGGCAAUGCCAUCAAGCGACUCCAGUUAGCACAGCUCUUCCCCAUUGCGGUGUUCGUCAAACCCAAAUCGGUGGAGAAUAUUUUAGAGAUGAAUAAAAGAUUGAUGGAGGAGCAAGGCAGGAAGACCUAUGAGAGGGCCAUGAAACUGGAGCAGGAAUUCCUAGAGCACUUCACCGCCAUUGUACAAGGGGACACGUUAGAAGAGAUCUACAACCAGGUUAAGCAGAUCAUCGAGGAGCAGUCUGGGACGUUCAUCUGGGUACCUGUCAAAGAGAAAUUGUGAGAUGGUUGGAGACAAAUAAACCUUAUUUUAGUGUAGUUUUUUUUUUUUUCUUAUUUCUUUAUUUUUUUUACACUAACCUGGCCUGCUGCUUGCAUUGGCUUUUUGACCCCUGAGCAUAGGAAAUACAUUUUCUUUGGAUGGGCUUGGGGUCAUGGUGGUCUCACGGCCACCGCUCUCUCUCUCUCUCAUGCCUCUCUUUGAAACUGCUGUCUAGAACUCGCAUCCCAAUCUCCGCAUUUCAUCCUCCGGUCGGGGGAGACAUGCCUGACCAGCGACUUACUGGACAGAUUAUACGGUACAGAUUCCUUAAUGUUUAAGGGAGGUGACUUGCUCGAAGGAAAACCAAUGAGUUAAUGCAUUAUAUACAUUUUGGUUUGUUCUUUUUCCAUAUAUGAUCAGAAGUUAACGCUUUCAUGUCUGUCUCUGAAAAGGCAUAAAGCCACACUUUGCACGUUUUUGCAUUAAGAGCAUGUUUUGAAUUAUUCUUUUUCAGUUAACUUAUGUUUUUGAGCUACGUGAACUGCAGCCACCAUAUUACUUCUGUUUCCUCUCGUUGAUCUUGUAAAAUCAAGCAGCCCACUAAUUUUAAGCAGCUGAUCAGUUUUGUCACAAGUGCACAAAGAGGACGAAAACAUUUGGCACAAAAGUUCUUCUUUUUAUAUUAAAUGUCUAUUUGUCUUAACAAUCUGUGUACAUUUUAAUCAAGGUGCAAAUGGGGAGUAGCUUUUAGUCGAGGUGAAAAGGAACAGCUUACAAUUAUCUUUCAAAUCCAGGUGAUGACAUAUUCUUAUUAAAGAAACAAAUGCAAAAUGCAAAUAAGAGAGUAUAAAUUGUAAUGUAUAUUCAACCCUCAGUAUACUGCCUAUUUUGUUAUAACAAAGUCUAUAUUGAGCUUUAAUUAAACUCCACACCUAUGGGUAUUAUUUUCUUUAUAAUGUCAAACAUACACUCGUAUGAAUAUGCGUGUAUGUAAAUAAAAAUAAAUAUAAAUAGAUAUAUAAAUAUAUAUUUUCCUUUACUUUUACCACCAUCACUUUUGUUGUUGAGGGUUUGUUUUAUGCAAAAACACUGACACGCAGGACACACGGGCUGAAUGGUGGUGUUCCAUUUGCAUCUGCUCAAACAAUAUGAAAUAAAACUCAAGUUGGCAGUUUGUAGUCUUCUGCUAUCUCUCGCUCUCCUGUGUAGUUAUGUCAUAUUUACUUUGUCAUGUGACGUGCAUGAUUUCUAAAAGCAAUAGUCUUUGACACGAGAAGCGGAGGAGAGGGCUUCUCUUUCUGUUUUCACCUGGGAUUGUGAAAAUGUCAAGAGUUAGCAUGAACCGUAAACGUUAGAGGCUAGGAGAUUCUUGCCUCCAUGUGUGUGAACUUGUCGACUGCCCAGAGCUGAAGAGAGAUUUGCUUUACCACUCUCUAUCACAAGCCUUUAACUCUCCACCAAGGGGCGCGCUGACAGCGUAAACCUUUUCUUUCUUAAAUUACUCGGAGAUGAUUGUUUUCUAAAAGAUUGCUUCUCUAACUUGUCAUUUUGGCUUUCUAACACAUUUUUGACUCGAUUAUGUACAUAAUCUGCCAACUUGAUUCAUUCCAUUUGUCAAAAAGGAGAACAGCUAAUAAAAACCUUUUUUUUUCUCAUA